GCAUGAAGCGCCUUCUCGCUUUUCGGGCUAGGUUGGAUCAUUUGACUGACAAUGAAGUUAAUUGGCUACCGUACGGAGUUGAUCCAGCACGACGCGUGCCUGCUACUCUUUUCAUUGGCUGCAUCCAGUAUCGUAGCAUCAUUGAGCCAUACAUGCCUGAUCGAGUGGUUCAGCAACUUGGAUACGUCUAGGGCAUUCCACCAGCCAUUAUCAGGCCUGAGAAGGCUAAGAGACCGACGAACUUGAAGAUGUAUCGGGUUGACUUUCCGCCAGAGAUGACAUCUGUGAUGUGGAAUCGGUUUGUCCCUGGUAUGUCUUUUAGUGUCGUGGUAGGUGCCCUCAGCAGACUUGGUGGUGGUGCUCCUACAGUCGGUCCUGGUUACAUGCAGUGGCUGUACCGAUUUUCUCAUCCACGUGUUUCUCCAGUUGCGUCAUCACAUGAGAGUCGCACACUGCCAGAGAGAACUAACACGGAUUACUGGAUGGGUCGGUCUAUGGAGGUCAUCAACAGGACCCUGGAGGAGUAUCCGAGCCUAUCGCGUGAUACAAGAGCAAUGGCUGAGGCGCUACGAGCUGAUUGGAGGGCGAUGAUGGGGUUGUGAACUUCCUGUUUUUUUUUUUUAUUUCCCUUGUACGCAUUUCGUUUAUGUACUUUUUAUUCGUCACGUACUUUAAGUAUUGAACAACUGUUUUGGUGGUUUUCUAAAUAUUUUGUUUAAUUAAGUUCAAUUCGUUUACAUUUUACAUAACAACUACAAAACGACAACUGCUUUACAUUUUACAUAACGACAACUGCUUUACAUUUUACAUAACGACUACAUAACGACAAUUGCUUUACAUUUUACAUAACGACAACUGCUUUACACUUUACAUAACGACAACAUGUUCACUAUCUAAUUAAGGCAUCCCACAUGUUCCUUCUAGCUUCGUAACGCUGAUCCCAACCGUCAACACUUGGGUCGUGGUGCUCGGUCCACCAACCUGCAACCGGGGGAAGUGGCGAAUCAGGUGCAA